AUGGCUAACUCGGUUUCUCAACCUUUUACCAGUCUUGACACGGCGGGCACGGAACAGUUUACUGCCAUGCGAGAGCUGUACAUGAAGCAAGGACAAGGAUUUCUGCUUGUGUUCUCGAUCUGCAACAUGAAUUCCUUCUACGAACUGGCUGAGCUCCGAGAGCAGAUCAUCCGCAUCAAAGACGACGAAGACAUCCCCCUGGUCGUGGUCGGCAACAAAUCAGAUAUGGAAGACGAGCGAGCCGUGCCCCGGGCCAGAGCCUUCCAGCUCGCUCAGCAGUGGGGCCAGAAGCCUUACUACGAGACCUCGGCCAGGAGGCGGACGAACGUCGACGAGGUCUUCCUCAAUCUCAGCGCUCAGAUGCUACAGAAGGACGCCGGACAGAACCAACUGCAUGACCAGCAACUGGCUUAUCGGCGGAGGGACCGACCGAACAGGCAGGAUCGCCGUGGUAGGAGGCCCCGGAAUCGAGACCGGUGUGUCAUCUUGUGA